AUGGGACAAGAGGAGAGCCACAAUGAGGAGAUGGAGCUGGCUCAGAUUCAGGAGCUGUGCCUCGCCUUCAUGAAGGAGUGUCCGAGCGGCGCCCUGUACCUGCACGAGUUCAAGAGGAUCUUCGGGGUGGCGAGCAGCUCUGCAGAGGAGUCCGUCUACAUCGAGACGGUAUUCCACUCCUUUGACACGAAUAAGGACAACACACUGGAUUUCCUCGAGUACGUAACGGCACUUCACCUGAUCUUGAGGGGGAAUCUGGAGGAUCGGCUCAAGUGGUCCUUUAAGAUGUACGACAAGGAUGGGAACGGCAAGUUGGACAGGCAGGAGGUGAAGCGGAUCAUACGG